GAACAGUCUUAAAGCCCAACUCGCUGGCCAUUACUGAUUAAACCAGUAAUCAAGGCAGUUGGGUUUCAACCUAGCCAUGCACUUCACUACAUCCUUCUGUCUUCCCUCCGUCCUCUCUCUUUCUCCCUACCCUGGGGUGAUUCCUCUUAUGGUCCCCCGGAAUUGCCUCUUCCUCUCCCACUUGUUUUGCUGCCGGGGACUGGCUUCUCUGCCUUGCUUCAAAUACGGACGCCUAGAAUAGAUCGUUCUACAUUUGCUGCGUCAGCGUGUGGAAACUUGCUCCACAGCCUGCGGCCCCCCGACCCUGGUUUAAUGUUUACAGUGGUUGUACACCAUCUGUAAGACAAACUUCUCUCACGGGUUUUCCCUACCAUUCCACCAGUUCCGCGGGCUCUUUUGUCAUAACCACCAGCCAGGGAGCAUCAGUUCCUUGGUUACAUUUCACGCAUUCAUGACAGACAUGCAAAAACUAGCAUACAUCCUGUGAUAUCUUCUUCCUGUGUUUUCCUUGUUUCUCCAGGUUCAUUUGUGUGUCAUAUGUUUCUUAUAUGUCCAUGCGAGAUGCGCAGCCCUGGAGAGUGAAGUUAGAUGUGGACAUAUGGUGGCGCCAUGUUAUGGAGAAAGUUUCGCUCGUAUCAGCCAUGGGCGACAGUACCCGUCUUUCAGGCCCUCACCCUAGUUCUCGAAGUGCUGUCAAUCGAGUGUUUGAAGACCACUCCGCUUCACGUCCUGUGCCCCUCAGGCACACAGGAGAAUCUAUAGAGAUUGCAUUUGACGAUGGAUCUGAGGACUCUCUGACGAGAAGACGCAGUUCUUCCGCAUCGAUUCCAGGGGUGACAAUCUCCCCCAGGUUUUCCAAACCCGUGAGCAUCAUCUUCGCUCCACCGAAUAACUUAGGUCAGUUUAAUCAAGCAGAGUCAUCGUCCACAGACAGAUUUCGAAUCAUAUUGCCCUGUGUGGGAGAGGUUAGAUGGAAGACUGUGAAGGAAUUAGGAAGAGAGUGGCUUCGGGAUCCCAAGAAUUGGGCGGUGCUUGUGUGGGGCAUGGCGGUUUUCGUGUCCGGUGCGGUGCUAUUCAUGGUCAUGGUGGGCAUGCUGAACAAUGCGUUGCCAGACAAGGCAGACCGGGACCUGUGGUUCGAGGCCUCCAAUCAAACCAUUAAUGCUCUCUUCACGCUUUUCGUGCUGCUGCUCCAUCCCACACGGACAUUACACCUGAUGUGGUUGUUGCGGUGGCACCGCAAGGAUAUUCAAAACCUUCGCAAAGUGUACAGCAAACGAGGAACGUCAAAACCUAAUGAGUGGUCUCACAUGCUGGUGGUUCUGCUGCUGUAUCAGUUGAACUGUUUUGCCCAGUACGCUGUCUGCGCAUUGAACUGGUAUUACAAUAGGGUUCAGCGCCCGAUAAUUGCGGUCUUGGUUUGCUUUGUAACGGCUUUAAGUGCAGGUUGUGCAGCCGGAAUCUACACUAGUAUGAGCCCAUUAGGAAAGGAUUCGCCUCUUGGCGAUGACGAUGCGGUGGAACUAGCCACGGACAAAGCUGAUAAAGCGUUACCCCCGAGAUAUCGCCAUCGCCUUCUUGACAGGAAUUCAAGUUUGGGGCCUAUGGCAGGCAAUGUGGUUGAAAAUCCUCAGUGGCAAGGGGGCUUGAUUGAAUGUUGUGAGGCUCCUACGCUAGUGGUCGCGACGAUGUUCUGUUUUCCGUGCGUCCUGGGUCAUAGUCUUGGCCGACUUGGGUUUGGUAACCGCUACGUCCAUUUCGCCACAUUUUUGCUCGCGGUUUUGGCUCCCUUUGUUAUUUUCGAGAUGGCAAGUGUCAAUGUGGACAGCAGGGAAUUUCGGCAUUUUCUGAGAGCAGCAGGCGUGGUGGUGAGUGUAUGUGGGUUGUUUUAUGGGGGAUAUUGGCGAAUGCGAAUGAGAGAAACUUACGGCCUUCCUGCGGAGACAUGGUGUUGUGGACAACCUACCCUGAGCGACCUUGCUCAGUGGCUGAUGUGCAGCUGUUGCUCGCUAUGUCAGGAAGUUCGAACUGCAGAGGCUUUUCAUAUUGUUAACAACAGGUUCUACGUGAAGGCUGAGAGUAGUGUAAUAUCUUCCGAGCCUGACCGCGAGGAGGAUUUGUCGGCUUCAUCUUCCUCGCUGCAGCCUCUCCCUGUGUCGAGUGUGGUGAGAAUUGCCGAGAUUGCUCUCUCCAACGUUGGGGACUCCAUGUUGAAUUCUUCGCCCAAGCGGGGUCUCAGUGUGUAAAAGAAAUGUGAUGUAGGAAUUGUGGGAAGUAGAGAAGGAAUUACUAUUUUAGCUUACAGGAAAGUAGAUCAAAGAUCUUUUUUGAGCUCAUUAAGUAUCAGCUGAGGAGCUUUUUGAUGAAACUUCGCCACAGGAAGAAACCAAGCCCAGGCCCACGGCUGCAACAGAUUAUCGGAGAAAGGGUGUCUGAGUUUUGUUGGUCAGAGGUCCUGAUGUUGUAUUUUAGUUAAAUAUUGCAUCUAUAAUUAUUUUACAAUAUACAAAUGUAGAUUAAUUUGGACAAUGAGUAAUAUUAAUUUUUUUGUCAUUGUUUAUUUUUUUUUAUUGUUAUCAUAUGCAAUAAAAAUCUCAGUCUUAGAUUU